CUCUUUCCCAGCCAGGAGAGUAGGCCGCUGAGGCAAGAUGGCCCCAGCACUGUUGUUAUUUAUGUCCAAGUCCAAGUACAGACGGAAAGAUUGCUGGUGGACGCUGGGGUGUCUGCUGAUGGCCCUGCUGGCGGCGGUCGACGGCCUCCACGGGGCUGGCAAGUGCGGCACCGAGUGCGUCAACGGCUUCUGCGCCAACGGCACCUGCAACUGCUAUGACGGCUGGCAGGGCCCCAAUUGCCAGUUUUGCGGAGGAAAAGUCAGGUUGUCCGAGCCCUCAGGGUACAUUCUGGACGGCCAGGGCAACUACUCGGUGGACGUCAAGUGCAGCUGGCUGGUGUCUAGCGGCACCCCGAACGCCACCAUCCGCCUUCACCUGGAGGAAUUCGCCACCGAGUGUGGCUGGGACCACCUCUACGUGUACGACGGCGACUCCGUUCGCUCGCCCUUGCUCGCUGUCUUCAGUGGGCUCAUGUACAAAGACGAUUAUCGGGUGCGCCGAGUACCAGAAGUGGUGGCCAAGUCGGGCUCUGCUCUCCUGCAUUUCUACAGCGACGUGGCUUACAACAUGACAGGGUUUAAUAUUUCUUACAGGCUAAACUCUUGUCCGUCCCGGUUUUCGGACAGUCCGUGCAGCGGACACGGCGUGUGCAUCGACGGCUCGUGCACCUGCGACGCGCUCUACAUCGGCGACGCGUGCGAGAUACCUGUGUGUCCGAACGACUGCUCUGGCAAGGGCCAGUGCAACCGCGAGAAGCACCGGUGCGAGUGCUGGGGUGACGCCAGGGGUGACGACUGCUCGCAGUCUGCUGAGAAGGGUUUCUGGGAACUGCUGCAGCCCAAGGCCUUUGUGCCGGAGGGCUCGGCCUCGCACGGGGUCGUCGUGUGGCGCGACUCGCUCUACGUCGUUGGAGGAGAGUCGUACGAGAAGGCCAAGCUUAUGUACGUCUACGAUUUUACAGGAAAUAUUUGGGAAACUGUCCACAUCAAUAGCAAGAAUGUUCCACAGUCCAGAUACGGUCAUUCAACAGUGAUAUUUGGAGACAAAAUCUUUAUGUAUGGUGGAGUAGACGUGAGUGGUCACGUUUCGGCCGAGCUUUGGGCUUUUGACAUCAGCGCCAACGCCUGGGAAAAUAUAACCGUCCGGGCUGAGUCAUGUACGCAUCAGAAACUCAAUCCAAAACUGCCCUGUGGUCCUCUGAGAUCCACCGGGCACACCGCAACCGUGGUGUCUAGUAAAGUGAAGAAGAGCGAGAAAAUGAUUGUGAUUUUCGGUCACUCGCCCAUCUACGGCUACCUAAACACAGUGCAAGAGUACAACUUUGGCACUCGGACCUGGCAAGUGGUGGCCACUAAAGGUUUCCCUGUCAAGGGUGGCUACGGACACUCGUCUGUGUACGACGGAGUGUCCCAGCGAAUCUACGUCUACGGUGGAUACGUGUCAGAAAGCGCCUCCACCGCGUUGCUCACCAACAAACUCUUCUCAUACGAUCCGUUCACAAAGACAUGGAACCUUCUCAUGUCUGCCCCGUCCGCAAGAUUUUUGCAUUCAGCUGUCAUCUCGCGUGGUCUGAUGCUUGUGUUUGGUGGCAACACGCACAACGACACCGCCUUCAGCCACGGUGCCAAGUGUUACUCGCAUGACUUCCUCGCCUACGAUCUCGCCUGCGACACCUGGUCCGCCCUGCCGACUCCAGCCCUCUCGAGAACCGACCUGAGUCGUUACGGGCACUCAUCAGUGAUGUUUGACGGUGCUCUCUACAUUUACGGCGGCUUUGACGGACAGUUCAGGUCAGAUCUGCUGAAGUUCACGCCAGGAAAGUGCAGCGUUCUGAAUGACGAGGGACUGUGCAGUCAAGGCAGACCGGGAGUCAAGUGCGUGUGGAGCGAGGAAAACGCCUCCUGCGAGAUCUCCGGCCAGGGGGCUGGCCUUGGAAAGGCGCAGUGCUCUACCAUUUUUGACAACGGCCGAUCUGAAAUCUGCUCCAUGCUUGACAACUGCGGUGCUUGCGUGCACACAGCUCACUCGUGCAUUUGGUGCGGAGGCUCGCAGGGAAGCUGCAACCACCAGCGCUGCAAGGAAUCAAAUCAGAAGGCGAUAACAAACAUUGAGCAGUGUGAGACGCAAGACAGCGGAUCUUGUUUGCAACUGCACAACUGUCAGGCGUGUGGAACAAACCCCAAGUGCAGAUGGGAGUUUGAGAAUCGCUGCAAAUCCAUCGUGUCAGGGAAUGUGACGAGUGAGGCUGGUGCAGUCGAAAUUCCUGGCUGUCUUAACACGUGCGCUCAGUUCUCGUCAUGCCAGAACUGUACGCAGGAGGAAUGUAUUUGGUGCCAAAACGAGGCAAGAUGCGUCAACAAAAACGCGUACACGGCCUCCUUCCCUUACGGUCAGUGCAGGGAGUGGACAACCCAUAUCACAAAGUGCCGGCCCUCAAAUGCAGGGGAAGCCGAAUGUUCUUUCUACGCAACCUGCGAAGAGUGCAGGGUGGAUCCAGCUUGCGGCUGGUGCGACGACGGCUCUGGAACGGGUCUGGGAAAGUGUCUGCGUGGAGGAAAUCACAGGCCAGAUGACCCUUCCAUGUGCCCCUCGGAUUCUUGGUUCUUCACUAGAUGCCCUGCUUGCCAGUGCAACGGACACAGCACCUGCGGCAACGGCUCAAGCCAGUGCACGCAGCCGUGCAACAAUUUAACCCAAGGAAUGCACUGCGAACGCUGCGUUCCCGGCUACUACGGCAACCCCGUCAACGGCGGCAAGUGCACGCCGUGCCACUGCAACAACCAGGGCACCCAGUGCCACCCUGAGACAGGCAAGUGCUACUGCACCACGAAGGGAAUCACUGGCGACCACUGCGACAAAUGCGACACGACCAACCACUACUCUGGCGAUCCAGCCAAUGGAUCUUGUUUUUAUGAUUUGACCAUUGACUACCAGUUCACCUUCAAUCUUUCAAAGAAGGAGGACAGGCAUUACUCGCAGAUUAACUUCAAGAACAUUCCAACGAAGCAUGAUGUGGAUGCUGACUUCCAAAUUACGUGCUCUGUGCCCUCUAAAAUGAACAUCACGGUCAGAACAGCGACUGGAGCGGAAAAAUAUUUGCUUGUGGCGCAUAACUGCUCGACCCUAAGGCACAGAUUUUCCAAGUCCGAGUAUCAGUUUGGAAUCGAGGACAACGUCACCCAAACUACAUUCUUCGUCUACGUGUAUGACUUCCAGCCGCCACUCUGGAUCCAAAUCUCGUUUUCACAGUACCCUAAGCUUAAUCUUCAACAAUUUUUCAUCACAUUUUCAACUUGUUUUGUUUUGCUGCUUCUCGUGGCUGCAGUGAUGUGGAAGAUCAAAGUCAAGUAUGACUUGUUCAGGCGGAGACAGAGAAUGUUUGUUGAAAUGGAGCAAAUGGCGAGUAGACCUUUUGCGCAAGUGUCGGUUGAAGUCGAGAGGAAACCCCCCGAUGACCAGCCUCCACCGUCUCUGCGAAAGAGGAAAAAGGAUGCUCCAAGUCCAAUUGCCCUAGAGCCAUGCUGUGGAAACAGGGCUGCAGUAUUAUCGUUGCUCGUCCGUCUUCCUUCAGGCAGUCAGCAGUACACUCCGCCAGGACAAACUGGCCUGGCCAUUGCUUCAGCACUGGUGACAUUGGGGAACCCACGAAAGGUGAGCUCUGACCCACCAAACAAAGGGGACGCCAAAAAUAAGACUCGUAAGUCUGCUCCUUUUCACUGUCUUCAAGCGGAUGAUGAACCCAAUUCUAUAAUAUGAGCAGAAGUGCCGAAUGGAAUAAUCAUCUGAUGGAAGUAGAUAGCGUGCGGUGCACCAGCGAUUGCCAAACUGUGACUGAAAAGGAAGAGAACCCCUCGUGACAGCACUUCUUGCAGCUCACCCAACUUGGACUUUUGUACUUUGGAAGCUGCAUUCGAGUUUGUUAAUUUUACGGUGAUUCGAAUUUUCGGCUCGUUUUGGGCGAAUGUGAUAUUAUCUUGUAUUUCAAUGCUGUUCUGUUCUAUUCAUACCCCCUCUCGGCACUCAAAAGUUGCCCCGGGGAGCAUUAUUUUUGCUUUUCAAUUAGACGAUUUGCAACAAAAUCAAAGCUAAGAUGGAACGAUUGAAUCUCGAAUGAAAGAUGAAUUUGCAAACAUCCCCCUUGCGCUUUUGGUAAUGCUUUUCCUUAAAAAUUUCUGCAUUUAUUUUACAAACCCUCAACGUCGUUUUCUUCCCCCGAUUAUGCGUAACGCGAUCUUAAGCGAUAUGUAUGUAUAGGAAUGAUUGGUGGUAUUUUUACUACAGUAAGUUUUUACUAGAAUGGAUAUGGAUCUUGUCACGGAUCCUAUUAACUGGUCGUCCACGAAAAUAAGUAUUGAUUUAACACAAAUCCCGACAUUCCGCUACUGUCUGAGUAUUUUUGCUAUUUGAUUUCAUCCCUUAAUAAUACUCCAGCUGCCUUCUCAGUUCAAGCAAGAUAUCAACUAUGUCUACAACGUCAUGGUUCUCAGAAAUUUAAAAAUGAUUUAUUAUAAUUAUGUAUAUGAAUUUGCAAUUAUUAUCGAGUGAAAGGACAAAAAUGUACUAGUGAAUUUUCUAAGUAAUCGCAAUAUAAAAAGUGAACAUGAACUUAAUGUGGUGUGAGUCUCUACUACUACAAAAUAAAUGAAUAAUAUACGAUUAUA